ACCACUUUGAAUAUAAAUAUUUUUAAAUUACUUUUAAUGUACUCAGUUUGAAUUUUAUCAUGCUCUUUGUUUCGUUUAAUUUCAUCUUAUUUAAUUUAGUUUCACGUCUUCUUGAAUUUAUUUAAAAAGGCUGAAUUUUUUUUUAAGUUUUUAGAGAAUAAGGAUUACGAUCAUACGAUUUAACAAAAAGCUACACAAAGUUUUCUGCCAAACCCACCACUACUUUUCAUCAUCAUUCCUCCCAUCUCUUUCCAUCAGAAGAGUUUGGAAGAAGCAGAGCUGGUCAACAAUGGCUUCUUCUUCCUCUUCCUCUUCCUCUUCUUCUUCUUCUCUAUGUGUACUCUUCUUGUUCUUUUUCUCCUUCGACCACACUGUAGUGAGCGUGGGAGGAGCUUCCAAAGCUAACCCUGUGGUGGGGAACAUCUCUAAAGUGAUCGAUGCUCGUUUGUUCCAAAUUUACUAUGGCCAGAGCUUCAAGGUCAUUAAGAACAGCGUUGAUGGAAAGAGUUAUCUUCUCAUGCAGAGUACUUCGCGAAUGGCGGCGAGGACAAAGUAUUGCACAGGGAGGAUCAAAUCCUUUGUGAUUCCCCUCUCCAAUUACUCCGUCGACACGACGAGUACUCCCGUGUCGUUCUUUGAGUUACUUGGGGUGUUAGAGACCUUAAAAGGAAUGACAUCGGACCAAGUUACCUCCCAGUGUGUGCUGCAAUCAUACGCAAACGGUAGUAUCCAGCUUGUAAACAAGACAGACAUACGUCAACUAUCAGAAUUCACAGCACAUUUCAUAAGCGAAGUAGAUGCAGAACAAGCCUGCAAUUUUGCAGCAUUUGUACCAUCCGAUGAGACGACUCCUCUGCAGAGGGCAGAGUGGAUCAAGAACUUGGGAGCUUUCACAAACUCAGAAGUCAGAGCUAAUUCAGUCUAUGACGCAGUCAAAUCAAAUUACAUGUGUUUAAACAAAGUAGCUGCAAAUCGUAAAACAAAGUUCAAGCCUAUAGUAGCAUGGGUGGAGUUCAAGCAGGGAGUAUGGUCGUUUGCUAAAGAAAGUUACAAGCUGCAGUAUGUGACGGAUGCGGGAGGGGAGAAUAUUGAUGAGACCAUCACCAACAAUAGCUACAAUAUUUCAGAUCCAGAGGAUAUGGACAACUUUCAUGCCAUCCUUUGCACGGUGGACGUGGUGAUCGAUCAGACAUACACUUCGGAGCCUGUAGAGUAUACACUAUCAACAUUUUUGGAGAACAUGAACAUCGGAGACAAUUCCUGUUUUGGCUUCAUCACAAACCAAAGCUUAUGGAGAUACGACAAAAGACUCCGCAACUCAACUACUAUCGAUUGGUUUGACGGAGCAAUCUCGCAACCGCAGCUGGUUUUAGCAGAUCUAAUAGAAGCUUGCUUCCCGACAGGCAACUACACAACUACUUACUUCCGGAACCUCGCCAAGGAAGAAGGGGUGACAACAAUAGGGCCUGAGAUGUGUGCAAGGAGCAUAUCCACACCCAUGGAGCCAACCAUUGUGCCCUGUGAGUGAUGACAAUACAUUACAUGAGGUUCUGCUAAGAGCUAAAAAAGACUAAUGUCUCGGAGAGAUUGAUCACAGCUAAUUUCUAAAUUGUGAAUUGUUUCACCAUACUGGAAUGUACUGCUAUGUACCAGAUUGUUUUGUACCAGGAAAUUAUCCCAUCAUCAUGCUACCAAAGAAAACGAACUAAAUGAGGCAUUACAACAAACAGUUUACAGCCGCAAAAUAUUUGAAUC